AUGCAAAGUAUUGCUUACUUUUGGCCAAAGAAAAUGGGAUUAAAGUGUUGGAAGAGUUGAUGAAAAGAGGAGACAUCGCUCCCCAUAUAAAACAGUUGUGUUCACUAACUCUAUACCAAUUCGAGUUGUUUUGUAACCAUUCAAAUGUGGAUCAGCUCCAAGUCAGUGAUAGCAUUGAUAUUCCCACCGACUUCUUAAGCCGUCUGAAAAUCAAU